AUGUCCACAGCCAGGGAGCAGCCCAUCUUCAGCACGAGGGCACCUGUGUUCCAGAUCGACCCAGCCACCAAGCGCAACUGGAUCCCUGCGGACAAGCACGCACUCACCGUCUCCUACUUCUAUGAUGCCACCUGCAACGUCUACCGAAUCAUCAGCAUUGGGAGUGCCAAGGCCAUUAUCAACAGUACUGUCACCCCCAACAUGACCUUUACCAAAACCUCCCAGAAGUUCGGACAGUGGGCAGGCAGCCGUGCCAACACUGUCUACAGCCUUGGCUUUGCUUCUGAACAGCAUCUAACCCAGUUUGCUGAGAAGUUCCAGGAAGUGAAGGAAGCAGCGAGGCUGGCGAGGGAGAAAUCUCAGGAUGGGGGUGGGGGGAGGGGGGACCUCACCAGCCCUGCCCUGGGGCUCUCCACUCACCAGGUGCCCCCGAGCCCCCUCAUCAGCACCAAUGGUCCCCCCAGCGAUGAGAAACUGUUCCGCAGCCAGAGCGCGGAGGCCCCUGGCCCCGCGGAGCCGGAGCGGCUCAAGAAGAUGCUGUCGGAGGGCCCCGUGGGCGAGGUGCAAUGGGAGGCCGAGUUCUUGGCGCUGCAGGACAGCAACAACAAGUUGGCGAGCGCCUUGAGGGAGGCCAACGCGGCCGCCGCCCAGUGGAGGCAGCAGCUGGAGGCACAGCGCGCGGAGGCGGAGCGGCUGCGGCGGCGGGUGGCUGAACUGGAGGCCCAGGCAGCCACAGAGCCCACCCCCGUCAGUCAGUGA